GCAUGCAAUGCAUCCUCCAACCGUAAAAUAAUAAUAUGGUAUGCUACAACAACUUGGUCCAAUAUCCGUGAAUUACAUAAAUAACACCAACGACACUUGCGCGCUCUUGCUUCCUUUCACUUACUCUUCUCUCUAUUAUGCAUCACAUUAACCACCAAUCACAGUAUCAUCUUCUCAGGACGAGUUUUAACGUUUCUCUCAUCAGAUCUUUGAAUUGCUGAUGGGAAGAAAAGGAGGAAGCUGGUUCUCCUCUGUUAAGAAAGUUUUUAAGUCAUCCUCUUCUUCUAAAGACACAUCAGUGCCAGUCUCCACGCCACUGCACAUAGACAAAAAGAAGGAGAACAGAGAGAAAUUGCAGCAUGAAGUGGCAGAGGAGGUGUCAUUUGAGCAUUUUCCUGCAGAGAGUUCACCAGAUGAUGUGACAAAUGAGGAAAGCACAACAUCAACACCUUUGAUAUCAGAAGAGAGAAAUCAUGCAAUUGCUGUUGCAGAAGCCACAGCAGCAGCUGCUGAAGCUGCUGUUAUAGCUGCUCAAGCAGCUGCUAGAGUUGUGAGAUUGGCUGGUUAUGGACGACAUUCAAAGGAAGAAAGAGCUGCAACAUUCAUUCAAUCACACUAUAGAGGAUACCUAGCUCGGCGUGCACUACGCGCAUUGAAAGGAUUAGUGAGGCUGCAAGCAUUAGUAAGAGGACACAAUGUUCGCAAACAAUCUCAGAUGACAAUGCGAUGUAUGCAAGCAUUAGUGCGGGUACAGGCACGGGUACGAGCACGUCGACUUCAAUUGAGUCACGAUAAUCUUCAUAAGGCAAUAGAGGAAAACGAAGAAAAGGAAGAAUUUAUGAGGCAACAUGAGACUAUUACUAAGCCUAUGAGUCCCAUGAGGAGACCAUCAAGCAUUAAUAAUAAUAACAAUGGUUGGGAUAAUAGGCGUCAAAGUAUCAAAAAAGCUAAAGAAAAUGAUUUAAGAAAACAUGAAGCUGCAAUGAAGAGGGAGAGAGCUCUUGCAUAUGCUUUCAACUAUCACCAACAACAACAAAAGCAAACUCAACAUAGAGACCCAAAUGGUGAUGAUGUUGAUAUGGGACCUUAUCAACCCAAUGAUAGUGACAAAGCCCAAUGGGGUUGGAAUUGGUUGGAGCGUUGGAUGUCAUCACAACCAUACAACAACCUAAGACACUUAGGACAACGUGAGACCUCUUACAUGACCCUUAAUUCCACAACAUCAACAACAACAGACAACAUGUCUGAAAAAACUGUAGAAAUGGACAUGGUUGCAACACCAAACCGAUCCAACUUCAAUAUGGGCCUAAUGGCCCAAGAUGUUCAUGACUCAAGCCCAAGUUUCGCUAGACACAAUCAGAGACCACCUAGCCCAGGUAGACCUAGCUACAUGGCCCCAACUCAAUCUGCAAAGGCCAAAGUUAGGGCCCAAGGCCCAUCUAAACAGUGGAUUCCAUCUGGGCCUAACUGGAAUCCGUCUACAAAAGGAGGAUCUGUUGUUGGAUCGGGCUGUGACUCGUCGAGCUCAGGUGGUGGAACGGCUACUUACCAAUUUCCAAAAAGCCCAGGCCCGAAAUUUAAUGGCGUUCGUUCGGAGUCUAGACGGAUUGUGGGCAGCAGUCAAGACUAUGUUGAGGAUUGGGCCCUUCCACUUGGAGCCCAUGGUUGGGCAUAAUUUGAUUUAUUUGCUUUUAGAAAAAUAAUAACAAAGUGUUUAUAUGCUCUGUGAUUGAUCAUAUGGUAUGAAUUGGUAUUUAUGGACAUUUUAAUAAUGUUUGAUGUCAUGAACAAAAGUUUUGGAAUUGUAAUAUCUAUUAAGGAUAUUUGAUAUUUUGUUUUGCAGGUAA